AUGACUCUCCUCGAAUUCUUCCGCCGCAUCCUGCGCCAUUUGGCCGCCAUGAUCCUCUUUCCCUCCACCCUCAAGACCAUGAAUGCGUCAUCCAAAUCCUCCAAUACAGAAGUGACGGUGGUCGAGACGACGGACAGUUUGCCAUCCCUCGAGUCUCUGAAAGAUGAGAUCAUGCGUUUGUACCGAUCCCCAUGUACCAUGCGCCGAAUGCUUUCCAUGUCCUCCGCCCUUCGCAUCCAAUAUAAGACCAAACUACAAGACAGUGCGGCCUGCAUGUUACCGUCAUAUUGUCAUACCUUGCCGACCGGACAAGAGAGGGGCUCGUACAUAUCUCUGGACGUGGGGGGGUCGACAUUCAGGGUGGCCUUGGUGGAACUUCGUGGACGAAAUGGACGACAUCCUCCGAUGGCCAUCAAACAUAUGGCCGCCUUCAAGAUUGAUGAACGAAUCCGGAAAUUGCCCUCGGCGCUGUUUUUUGACUGGAUGGCAAGCAGGAUACAAGGCAUGUUGGAAGAAGAGAAGGAGACCUGGCCUCCCGGUCAGAUCUUGCCGCUCGGCCUGGCCUGGAGUUUUCCUAUCGAACAGACCAGUCAUCGUGGUGGUAAAAUGCAAGGAAUGGGCAAGGGAUUCUCGUGCCAUGAAGACACCAUCGGCAUGGACUUGGGCGCCUUGAUUGAAUCUGCUUGCGCCCGGCGAAAUGUGAAUGUCCGCGUGGAUGCCAUCGUCAAUGAUUCCUCGGCCACCCUCCUUUCUCAAGCCUACCUCGACCCGGCCACAUCGAUGGGAUUGAUCCUCGGGACGGGAACCAAUGCUGCUGUUUUUCUACCGAUUUCCUGUAUGGGCAAGUCCAAGUUUGGAGUGCGAGAUCCAUCAUGGUUUGCGAGGGCCGAGAAAGUCAUUACGAACACCGAAGUAUCCAUGUUUGGCAAAUCAAUCCUCCCGGAGACUCGAUGGGAUGAGAUAUUGAACAAACAACAUCAGAGACCCGACUUUCAACCACUUGAGUACAUGACCACCGGUCGUUAUCUCGGUGAACUGCUACGAUUGAUCAUCAUCGAGGCCGUGGAGACUGGAGAGCUUUUCGACGGUGUCGUGCCUGAAGCGUUAAGCGAGCCUUACUCCCUCGACACCGAGAUCCUAGCCAAACUGGAGCAAGAUCGGUCCCGAAAUUUGAAGGAUUCGAUCUCGAUGAUCCAAAAAACAUUCGGUCUUCGAACAACCCCAUCCGUCGAAGAGAUAUCCUUCCUCCGAGUUGCAGCCGAAUCCAUCUCUUACCGAGCCUCUGCCUACAUGGCCGUAGCUGUUCAUGCAUUAUGGGCAUUGCAGAAGGACACCAAUAUCAAUUCUACAGCUCCGACGGAAACCCCGAAAACAUCUAUCGCCUGUAAUGGAAGUGUCAUACUCAAAUAUCCUGGGUUCAAGGAAAGAUGCCAAGGCUUCAUCCACCAGAUGAUCCGGGCAGGGCCAUCCGUUGGAGGACUCUUGACAUCGGAGAAGAUUGUCCUGGAAUCAACCGAUGAGGCGGCUGUAUUCGGCGCCGCUGUUGCUGUGGCUUUGUCUGAUGUAUCUUGA